AUGCAGCAGAACUGCGGGAGCAUCCGUCGGCGGAAGGAGAUGCGUACCCAGUCGACCAAGUCUGUUGUCAACUCAACUUCCUCUUUUGGAAGGAAUACUUCGCAGUCAUGGCAUAGUUCGACUACUUGCUCAGAUGAACCCAUGGGAGAAGAGCACCUUGCAUCACGACACACAUCGGUCAAGGUUGCGUCUAGAGAUGGAGGUCCAGCAAAGUCGUUAUCACUUUAUCAUUCUACCAUUCCAGAGGAGCUAGCAGGACAUUUACGAGCAAUGAUGCCUGGGCAGACUGGAGUGGAACUGUCAGGCGAAGAGUUGGCAGACAACUUCCUUGAAGCGUGGGAUCUACCCCCAGUUACCAAGCAGUCAUUGAGCGAGCUGGACAUCCAGAGCAUCAUCACCAACAUCAAGUUGCGGCACGACGUCAACUUCGACCGAGACCUCAGCUUCAGACCGAACGUCGACGGUGUUAAAGGGCAAGAGAAGGAGAGGGUGGCAGACAAGUACUGGGGAGCGUUGAUCGCUGAACUGGUACUGUACAACCGCUUGUUUCACGGAACACCACCACUGUCGGCGAUCCAAGUCGAAGCCUUCACACCGUAUGCGCAACGCCGGAUACCGAUCCUCUUUCAAAACGUCCGGGACGUUCUCAAGAGUCUGGUACCAGAUCGCGAUCAUUCCAGAGUGGACGAACAUUUAGAUGUUCCCAUGUUGAUGCAGGCUAUCGAACGCGGAGUUUGCGAUUUGGGACGGCUGGCCGAUUGGAUGGCGCAACUACUCAAGGAGCAUUGCGCGCCGAUGCGCGACGUCUUGGUCGAUGAGAUGGUGACCUGCACAAGACAAGGCGAGGCGGAUCGUAAUCUCGAACAGAUCGUUGAAGGAUUGCGAAAGCUGUUCGGCAUAUUGGAGGCCAUGAAGCUCGACGUCGCGAACCACCAAAUCCGCAAUCUGAAGACCCUCCUGAUAGAGGACACAGUCAACUUUGAGAAGCACUACCAUCUCGACAGACUUGUGCACGGCAGAGCAAGAGUCAACAUUAACACCGCACAAAACUGGUUCACAGACGCCGUCGACGAAUUCGGACUGCAGUGUUCGCCGCGACCCCGAGCCGGACCAUGUUUCGAGCUAGAGGUCUUUACGCGCGCAGUUGUAGCAAUUACCUUUGGCCGGGGCGGCCGGAGCGACUUCCCCGAAACCUUCUUCCUGGACCACGACCGACUAGUGGCGCUCAAAGCGGAGGUCGAUGACCUCGUUAUGUUUGAGGUGUGCGUGGAGAUGCACGUCAUGCUCGCGAGACAGUUGGGAUACCAAGGGCCGAUGACCAUGGCUAUUGGACAGCAGCUGAGGACUGCGCUGUCUGCUAUCAUGGGUGAGGCAGCGGGACAUGGUCCGCAGCAGUGGAUGAUCAACUCGGAAGCUCUCUCACUUGAGAUUCUGCGUCAGGCUUCCCAUCUCGCUGGACAAACACCUGGAUGUAGUUUUGAUCGCAUGGCCGAAGCAAACCAACACCUCCGUUUCAUGUUCGUCCGGAAAUCAGCGUGGCAUGCUUCCCGUCUUGAAGCGUCGCUCCUGCCCCAGAUCCUCGCCACCGUCGAUCGUCACAGUUCCUCAUCGCCUAUCGAACUCUUUAACAGCCUUGUAUCCAUAUCGCCUUCCAUGCCGCCUCUUCCAACAACGCUUUCACGCCCCUCUACCAAUGAUGCGUUUGCUUUCGCUCACCUCCAUCCCGAGACGGCCAAGCUGAAUGACCUCGCAAACCGCAUCACACAUAUUAUACUGCUCCACUGGCGUGUAUGGGGCCCUAUUGCAUAUGUCCAGGAGCAUGAAGUACAACGCUCUUCCACCGAUGGAAGCGUAUUGUCUGCUUCAGUAUCCCAAACACAGACACAACAGUCACGACAGGUGGCUUCAAACUCUGAGCAAGAAGCCUCCGUCCCUACAAGCAUGAGGACUGGCGAGCCGCUUGAAUCAGGCCAAGAUGCGCACGCCGCACAUCAAUCUCUUCCUCAAUAA